UUUAUACCAUUAAAUGCAAUUAAUACUCAAAUAAAAUUAUCUACAAAAACUGAGCUUCACCGAUUUCUUCUUCAGUAAAAAAAUCGGUCAGAAAUGUUGAGUAAAAAGAAAUCGGAAUCUCAAGAGCCUGAUAAGCUGCCAGAUGGUUUCAAUAGAGCAUCAAUUGGAGCAGUAUCAACUUCGGGACUAUCAGGGAAGACUUAUCGGAAACUGUUUCUAAGGGGUGGGGCAGUCGUGAUAGUCGGUGUCGGGAUUUUAGUAGCGGUGAUACUAUUUAUUAAACUCAGCUCACCCGAGUCGGAUAUUAGUGACUAUGACUGGAAAACAGGGUACAGCUACUUGGCAGCAGGUAAUGAUAUUCCUGUUCGGAACGACACGAACUCUUCUUCGGGAAGCAAUGAUGUCAAUUAUGAGGACUGGUGCUUCCUCCUGAUCCAGGAGCCAGCAGAAGGCGAUCCGAACCCUCUCUUCACAUUUCCAGAUGCAAGGAAGUUCUUAGAGGCAUGCGGUUUUGACCCUGUGCUUUUGGAUAUGUAUUACUACUAUGAAAGCCUGGGAUAAUGUGAUUGAGAUCAAUUGGAAUGGUUAUAUUACGAGGCCAAACUGUGCACUGGAUAGGCGCACAAUUUUGUGUCUGUAUGUUCCUGGAUUCCAGAUACUAGUCUUUCAACAAGAAUGCGCUUACAGUUCACAAAAUGCACAGUUUAGCCUCGUAAUGUAAUGACCGGAUUAUCCCCUAAACUGAAACAAAUGGAUUUGAAAAAUGAGCUUGCGAAGAUCAAAGUAAAUCAAUAAACUGACUCAAAUUUUGUGCCCCAAAACAUAAAACGAGUGAAGUGAUUUCAAAUCUGAUUCAUGAAUUGAAAAAUAA